UGACUGACAUGGGCCUGACGUAUAUUCCGUCGACGUGUUAUUUCCGGUCGAGAGAGUGACGUGGAAGUGGAUUUGUACGUGGACGCAGAGGUAGCGCUUCAGCAACAAUGAUCAAGAAAUUUGAUAAAAAGGACGAGGAGUCUGGAAGUGGCUCAAACCCCUUUCAGCACCUGGAGAAAAGUGCGGUAUUACAAGAGGCUCGCAUCUUUAAUGAGACCCCAAUUAACCCACGACGAUGUCUGCACAUCCUCACCAAAAUCAUUUAUCUUCUCAACCAGGGUGAGCAUUUUGGGACCACAGAGGCUACUGAAGCCUUCUUCGCGAUGACCCGGCUUUUCCAAUCCAAUGACCAAACACUGCGUCGGAUGUGCUACCUGACCAUAAAGGAGAUGGCCAACAUUUCUGAGGAUGUUAUCAUUGUCACUAGCAGUCUGACCAAGGACAUGACUGGAAAGGAGGACGUGUACAGAGGUCCGGCCAUCAGGGCUCUCUGCCGGAUCACAGAUACCACCAUGCUGCAAGCUAUAGAGAGGUACAUGAAGCAGGCUAUUGUGGACAAGGUCCCUAGUGUCUCCAGUUCAGCUCUGGUCUCCUCAUUGCACAUGGUGCGGAUGAGUUAUGAUGUGGUCAAGCGCUGGGUGAAUGAAGCACAGGAAGCUGCCUCCAGUGACAACAUCAUGGUUCAGUACCAUGCCCUGGGCUUGCUGUACCACCUGCGGAAGAACGACCGCCUGGCUGUCUCCAAGAUGCUUAAUAAAUUCACCAAGUCUGGCCUUAAGUCUCCAUUUGCCUAUUGCAUGCUCAUCCGCAUUGCCAGCCGGCUGCUGGAGGAAACUGAGGGAGGGCAUGACAGCCCCCUGUUCGACUUUAUUGAGAGCUGUCUGAGGAACAAGCAUGAGAUGGUGGUCUAUGAGGCUGCCUCCGCAAUUGUGCACAUGCCCAACUGCACAGCUCGUGAGCUGGCCCCGGCUGUGUCAGUUCUCCAGCUCUUCUGCAGCUCCCCCAAAGCAGCUCUGAGAUAUGCUGCUGUCAGGACCCUAAACAAGGUGGCAAUGAAGCACCCUUCUGCAGUGACUGCUUGUAACCUGGACCUGGAGAACCUAAUCACCGAUUCAAACCGCAGCAUUGCCACACUGGCUAUUACCACGCUGUUGAAGACGGGCAGUGAGAGCAGCGUUGACCGCCUCAUGAAACAGAUCUCCUCCUUUGUAUCCGAGAUCUCCGACGAGUUUAAGGUGGUUGUGGUGCAGGCUAUCAGCGCACUUUGUCAGAAAUACCCCAGGAAGCACAGUGUCAUGAUGAACUUCCUGUCCAACAUGCUGAGAGACGAUGGUGGGUUCGAGUACAAACGGGCCAUCGUGGACUGCAUCAUCAGCAUCAUCGAGGAAAACCCUGAGAGCAAAGAGACUGGGCUGGCGCAUCUCUGCGAGUUCAUUGAGGAUUGUGAACACACUGUGCUGGCCACCAAGAUCCUGCACCUUCUAGGUCGGGAGGGGCCCCGCACACCUUCACCCUCCAAGUACAUCCGCUUCAUCUUCAACCGUGUCGUGUUGGAGAGUGAGGCCGUACGUGCCGCUGCGGUCAGUGCUCUGGCAAAGUUUGGAGCCCAGAACGAUGACCUACUUCCAAGCGUGUUGGUGCUCAUGCAGAGGUGUAUGAUGGACAGUGAUGAUGAGGUGCGUGACAGGGCCACCUUCUACAUGAAUGUCUUGCAGCAAAAGCAGAAAGCACUAAAUGCUGCCUAUAUCUUCAAUGGUCUCUCGGUGUCUGUACCUGGUCUUGAGAAGUCCCUUCACCAGUAUACACUGGAACCAUCCGAAAAGCCAUUUGACAUGAAAACUGUUCCUCUGGCUACCACAACAGUCUCAGAACAGAAGACCGAGUUGGCUCCCGUGGCCUCCAGCAAGCUGCCUGAGAAGCUGGCUCCUUCCCGUCAGGAUAUCUACCAAGAACAGCUGGCUGCUAUUCCAGAGUUUCAGGGCCUUGGCCCUCUCUUCAAGUCCUCAGAGCCUGUGCAGCUCACAGAGGCAGAGACAGAGUAUGUGGUACGAUGCAUAAAACAUACCUUUGCCAGUCACAUGGUCUUCCAGUUUGACUGCACAAACACGUUAAACGACCAGCUCCUGCAGAAGGUGGUGGUACAGAUGGAGCCAUCCGAGGCAUAUGAAAUUGUACAGUAUGUUCCGGCAGCCAGCCUGCCUUACAGUCAGCCAGGCUCCUGCUACAGCCUUGUCCGCCUGCCAGAGGAUGACCCCACAGCAGUUUCCUGCACCUUUAGCUGUACUAUGAAAUACUUGGUGCGGGACUGUGAUCCCAACACAGGCGAGCCAGAUGAUGACGGCUAUGAUGACGAAUAUGUGCUGGAAGAUCUGGAGGUAACAGUAGCAGACCACAUACAGAAAGUUCUCAAGCCCAAUUUUGCUGCAGCAUGGGAGGAGGUGGGCGACGAAUUUGAGAAGGAGGAGACUUUCGCACUUGCUUCUGUCAGAACACUUGAAGAGGCUGUCAACAACAUUGUCAGCUUCCUUGGCAUGCAGCCUUGUGAGCGGUCUGACAAGGUCCCCGAGAAUAAGAAUUCCCACAUCCUGUUCCUUGCAGGUGUGUUUCGAGGGGGUCAUGAUGUGUUGGUGCGCUCACGCCUGGCUCUGGCAGAUGGGGUCACCAUGCAGGUGACUGUGCGGAGUGGGGAGGAGACAGCGGUCGAUGUCAUUCUGGCGUCAGUUGGCUAGCCUACUCGGCUAGCCAAAAGCCUGCGACCUGCAGGCUUGUGUAAGGAAAUUUAAAAUAUGUGUAAUCUGUUUCCUACCUUUGACCUACAUGUUAAAUCAGUAAAGGCUGUGCAGCUUAGUUGACAAAUAGCUUCCAUGUAUUCAGUUUCCUAACAAAUUUGCUUUUUUCUUAUUGUUUAAUUAAAAUGGUGCAUCAUGGGGA